AUGACAGACAGUGACAAAUUGAACAUCGACAACAUAAUAUCGAGACUUUUGGAAGUGCGCGGUGCGAGACCUGGCAAGAACGUUCAGCUAUCUGAAGGUGAAAUCAGGGGCCUGUGCCUCAAGUCUAGGGAGAUCUUCCUAUCGCAACCCAUACUGUUAGAGCUCGAGGCGCCGUUGAAAAUAUGUGGGGAUAUUCACGGUCAAUACUAUGACUUACUACGUUUAUUUGAGUAUGGCAGUUUUCCACCUGAGUCUAACUACUUGUUCUUGGGUGAUUAUGUUGAUCGUGGCAAACAGUCUCUGGAGACAAUAUGUCUGUUGUUGGCAUAUAAAAUAAAAUAUCCCGAAAAUUUCUUCCUAUUACGUGGCAAUCACGAAUGCGCUAGUAUAAACAGAAUAUAUGGGUUUUAUGAUGAAUGUAAACGGCGGUAUAACAUAAAACUUUGGAAAAUAUUUACGGACUGUUUUAAUUGUUUGCCUGUGGCAGCAAUUGUUGACGAAAAGAUUUUUUGUUGUCACGGUGGUCUUAGUCCUGAUUUGCAAUCAAUGGAACAAAUCAGGAGGAUUAUGAGGCCAACAGAUGUCCCUGAUCAAGGACUCUUAUGCGACUUGCUUUGGUCUGAUCCUGAUAAAGAUACAAUGGGCUGGGGAGAAAAUGAUAGAGGUGUAUCAUUUACAUUUGGUGCUGAGGUUGUGACAAAAUUUUUGCAUAAACAUGAUUUUGAUCUCAUAUGUAGGGCUCACCAGGUUGUAGAAGAUGGUUAUGAAUUCUUUGCAAAGCGUCAAUUGGUCACUUUAUUUUCUGCACCAAAUUAUUGUGGAGAGUUUGACAAUGCUGGAGCAAUGAUGUCUGUAGACGAAACUCUAAUGUGCUCAUUCCAGAUUUUAAAGCCGGCUGACAAACGAAAGUACAUGUAUGGAGGAUUGUCAUCAGGCAGACCAGUAACACCACCCAGAGGAUCUGGUAAACAAGGAAAAAAUAAAAAAUAACCCUUCUUGAUGCAAUAUAUAUUUCUAUAUCUAG